GAACCCUGUUUAACCAAAUUAUGUGAUCGUAAUUUUUCGAUCAAAAUUUCUUAUAUUUAAUCCAAAUUAAUCCUGAAAUUCGAAAACAAAGAUCAUUAGAAAUGCCGAUAAUUUCUAAUUUGAUAUCUUCCCAACCAACUGAAUAUUAUGUUAAUAAAACGCCUAGGCAUUCAUCCCACCAGAAUAUUCCACGUAAAAUUGGGACAGAUAACGAACGAGUAAGCAAUGAUUAUGAUAGAUAUUACAUUAACAACGAUAGCACUCACCCGAAACGUUCAUUUUCGAAAUAUAAUACUAACAAUAAUCUGAGCGGUUAUAACGAAUAUCCUUCCUGGAAUAUAAAAGCUAAUCCUAGAGCGAAUCAAUAUUCAAUCAUGUCAGAGUCUUACCCAGGUCCUAAUGAAUACAAUACCUCUCAUAUUUUUCAAAAUAAAGAACCAAACAAUGCUUACCCGAUAAAUAAACGCCACUCUAUAUAUGGCAAUUUCCCCACUUCUUAUAAUAGUAAAACUGAUGGGAUGCCCUCAACCACUCAUUCUGCACUGAGGAAUAUAAACUCAAAAAUAGAUGCCUACCUUGCUUCGACAGAUCCAUCACGGGGGGAUUAUGAAUCAUCUCCUCAUCCUCCUUUUCCCAAAUCUCCCAGCAGAAUCAGGCCUAAAUAUUCGAUUCCAUCUAAUUAUUAUUACUAUCGCACGGUUAAAGAUAAAGGUUCCCCUUAUUCCAGUGAUAAUAACAACUCCCUUUUUGCUCAAUACAACAAAUAUGAAAAAGAUCCUUAUAAGCGAUGGAAUUCUUCGUUUUCAAAAGAAACGGCACCUAAAUAUAGCAGUCAACUCAACUUAUCUAACUUACAAAAUGACAAUAAUCGAUUUGACGACUCGAGCAAUUACAAAUAUUAUAAAGAGUGCGAUAAAGGUGACAGACCUUACAGCUCUUUACCCAUACAAAGAGCAAGAUCUCUUUUCCCUACGGACAACCAUUAUUCAGCGAGGAUAGAGAGAACAGAGAGAAGCGGUGUCUCUCCUUACGAAACACGAACUUACAAGAAUGGGCCUGAGGCCAGAAAGCGUAGUGCAUACAUAAACUCCUGCAUUCCUGAAGAUUUUAAUGAAGAUGACGAGGCUUUAAAGGAUAAUUUAAUUGUGAAAGAUACUAAAAAAUUAUCUAAUCAAGAGCUCAUCGCCACUAUUCGUAAAAUUUAUCCCAAAGGAUCCUUUGAUCACACACAAAAUAAAGAUAUUAUCGAAACAAAUGAGUUUAACAAUGAAAAAAAUCAAAAGAUUCUUGGAAAGAGAGAUUUCUCUGCUACUGACACUACUAGAAAUAGAAGCGAUAGGACUGAAAAGAUAUUCGAUAAAUUUAACCUUUCAGAUGGCUCCAUUGAAAAAAUAUCCAAUUCCAAUUAUGAUAUAGUUUAUUCCCACCCAAAAAUCUCUAUUACAAAAGAAAAAAAUGAUGAUUUCGACGGCUCCAGUGAAAAAAAAUACCAAGAUUAUUCGUAUCCUAAAACUUCUAUUACAAAAGAAAAGCAAGAUGAUCUCGAUGCUUUUAAGCCUUACCUCCCAAGGGUUACCCAUAAAGAUGAUAUAUUAUUAGAUUACAAGCCAGAAAAGUAUCGCAACUCUUUGAUAGACAAAAACGAUGAAUCCAUAUUGAUCAAUGGCUAUGAUGAAAAAUCGGGUUUAACACCGAUAGCAAAUAGGUUAAAUUUUGAAAAUAGUAUUUUGGAUAUUCCACGCAGAACAAAAAAGAAAUUAUUUGAUGUCGAUAAUAAAGAUUCGACAAUUAACUUAAUACCUGCAAUUAGCGAUUGCACGCAAAUAACAUACAUACCAAAACAUUCUUCAAAUUAUGACAAUGUAGUAGACAUAAAGCUAAUUGACCCGGUUAUAGCUAAAAACGAACUACUUAAAACGAAUAGUUACAUUACAAAAGAUAAACUCGGAGGAGGAUACAAAAAUGAGGAGAUCGAUAUUAAUAAUUUAAAAAUAGAUAAUAUCACCCCGACUCCUCCGUCAACCUAUCGGUCAAGAAGGGAACGAAUUAAAAACGAGCAAGCUAGCGAAACAGUUCAAACCGGACUUCGUGGUUUGGCUAAUUUAGGAAAUACUUGCUUCAUGAAUUCCAUCAUUCAAGUCCUCAGCAAUACGAAACCAUUAUUAAAAUACAUGCAAAAUGAAAGUUAUAUUAAUGAUAUUAACCCGAAAAGCCCUCACCACGGAGAAAUCAUAAAAGAAUUCGCCCAACUACUCAAAGAAAUAUGGGGAUCUGAAUACAUCGAUAAUAAAUUUAGUAUUCGGCCCGUUAAUUUGAAGAAGAAAGUGGAAUUGUAUGCCCCCAGAUUUUCUGGAUAUAACCAACAAGAUUCCCAAGAAUUUCUGGUAUAUUUGUUAAAUGGAUUUCACGAUGAUCUAAAUCAAGCCAUACAAAAAACCGCUUCUUCGAAAAGAAUGAGUAUUGAAAGCGCUACCGAAUUAUCAGCAGAAGUCUCAUGGAAAAAGUACCAAGAAACGAAUAAGAGCAAAAUAGUUGAUAUUUUCGGAGGUCAAUUAAAAGGUAUAUUGAUUUGCGAUGUGUGUGCUAACAAAAGUCUAGCCUAUGAUCCUUUCUGGAAUCUAUCUUUAUCAAUCGCUAAUGAUGUUACCACACCAAAUAUUUUUGAUUGUCUUAAUAAUUUAAUUAAGGAAGAAAAAUUGACAGCGGAUAAUGCUCCUUUUUGUGCAAAAUGCGGUAAAAGGGAAAGCGCUACCAAAUCGUUCAAGAUACAACGGUUCCCUCAAAUUUUAAUUAUACAUCUUAAAAGAUUUGCUGCUCAAAGCAGAAACGGGAUAGAGAGCUUUAUAAAAAUUAGAACAGCGGUGGAAUUUCCUUUCAAAGGACUGGAUUUAAAAGAUUUCUCAAAUACCUCUAAUAGAUCCUACGAUGUAUGUCUGAAUGAAGCCAGUAAUUACGAUCUAUACGCAAUUACAUGUCACACUGGAAGUAUUUCAUGCGGCCAUUAUUUUUCUUAUUGUAAACAUCCGACUGAUAGGAAAUGGCACUUAUUCGAAGAUAGCAAGGUCGAAGAAGUAAGUGAAUCCAACAUCGAUACCAACAAUGCAUAUCUAUUAUUUUAUCAAAAAAGAGAAGAUUGAAUCAUAAUAUAUUAAAUAAAUAUUUAAUUUAAUUUUCAAAUGCAAAAUAAUAUAUAUAAUUAUAUGUACUAUAUUAAAUUGACUAAAAUUAAUGUUUUAUGAUAUCCUAAUAGUUUUGAUUAUCUGUGAUAAUUUAUGACAAUCAUACAUCGUAAAUUAAAUUAUAACACUUUUGUUACGACCAUUUAUGAUAUCCCAUUUUAUUUAUAAAUUAUAUUAUUGCACUGGUUGAUCACUAAAAAAUAUUUAUAUUUAAAAUAUUUAAGGUCUCAAUUUGAAGUUUUAUAAUCUCUAAAAGUUAAGAUUAAAUAUUAUAAUAUCUUUCAUUCAUUUAUAUAAUUUUUUUAUAAAGCGGAAUAAUACCCUCGAGUUUAUUAAAAACGACCUCAAAUAUCCUAUCAAAUUAAUGAUAAAUAUUUUAAUAUAUAUUUUAUUUAUUACCCGAUUGUCACAUAAUUAUUUUUGUAAAUAU